GCCUCGGCCCCGCCAGGGCGCCCGCGCGGAUCGGGCGGGCCUCGCAGGCGAUGGCGGCCGCGGCGGCGCUCUCGGGCGCGGGCGCCCCUCCCGCGGGUGGCGGGGCCGGGGGCGGCGGGUCCCCGCCGGGCGGCUGGGCCGUGGCGCGACUCGAGGGCCGGGAGUUCGAGUACCUCAUGAAGAAGCGCUCGGUGACCAUCGGGCGCAACUCAUCGCAGGGCUCGGUGGACGUGAGCAUGGGUCACUCGAGCUUCAUCUCGCGGCGCCACCUGGAGAUCUUCACGCCCCCGGGCGGCGGCCAUGGCGCGGCGGCCCCCGAGCCCGCGCAGCCCCGGCCCGACGCGGGCGGCGACUUCUACCUGCGCUGCCUGGGGAAGAACGGCGUGUUCGUGGACGGCGUGUUCCAGCGGCGCGGGGCGCCGCCGCUGCAGCUGCCGCGCGUGUGCACAUUCAGGUUUCCGAGCACAAACAUCAAGAUAACGUUCACAGCCCUGUCCAGCGAAAAAAGGGAGAAGCAGGAGGCUCCCGAGUCCCCGGUGAAGCCUGUGCAGCCACAUAUCUCGCCCCUGACCAUCAACAUUCCAGACACCAUGGCCCACCUCAUCAGCCCCCUCCCUUCCCCCACGGGCACCAUCAGUGCUGCAAACUCCUGCCCAUCUAGUCCCCGGGGAGCCGGGUCUUCAGGGUACAAAAUGGGCCGUGUGAUACCAUCUGACCUCAACUUAAUGGCUGACAACUCACAGCCAGAAAAUGAAAAGGAAGCCUCAGGUGGAGACAGUCCAAAGGAUGAUUCAAAGCCACCUUACUCCUAUGCACAAUUAAUUGUACAGGCGAUUACAAUGGCUCCUGAUAAACAACUCACCCUAAAUGGAAUUUAUACACACAUCACUAAAAAUUAUCCAUACUACAGGACUGCGGACAAGGGCUGGCAGAAUUCAAUUCGCCACAAUCUCUCUCUGAACCGUUAUUUCAUCAAAGUCCCGCGUUCCCAGGAAGAACCAGGCAAAGGCUCCUUCUGGAGGAUAGACCCAGCCUCUGAGAGCAAACUGAUAGAGCAGGCUUUUAGGAAAAGACGGCCUAGGGGCGUGCCUUGCUUUAGAACCCCUCUGGGACCGCUCUCGUCUAGGAGUGCCCCAGCCUCUCCCAACCAUGCGGGAGUGCUAUCUGCUCACUCCAGUGGUGCCCAGACCCCUGAGAGCCUGUCACGUGAAGGUUCGCCAGCCCCCCUGGAGCCUGAGCCCAGCACCUCACAGCCCAAACUCGCCGUCAUCCAGGAGGCCCGGUUUGCCCAGAGCGCACCAGGCUCGCCCCUAUCCGGCCAGCCUGUCUUGAUCACCGUCCAGCGGCAGCUGCCCCCUGCAGUCAAGCCUGUCACCUACACUGUUGCAACUCCGGUGACGACCUCCACCUCUCAGCCGCCUGUCGUACAGACAGUCCAUGUAGUCCACCAGAUACCAGCAGUGUCAGUCACCAGCGUGGCUGGGCUAGCCCCAGCAAACACAUACACAGCUGCUGGCCCAGCCGUGGUCACUCAGGCGGCGGUGCUGGCCCCUCCUAAGGCAGAACCACAGGAGAAUGGAGACCACAGGGAAGUCAAAGUGAAAGUGGAGCCCGUUCCUGCAAUUAGCCACACUACGCUGGGUGCUGCCAGCCGGAUCAUCCAGACACCACAGGCCACCCCAGUCCAGACGGUCACCAUAGUGCAGCAAGCCCCUCUUGGUCAGCAUCAGCUUCCGAUAAAAACUGUAACGCAGAACGGAACCCACGUGGUGCCCAUGCCGGCUGCCGUGCAUGGCCAGGUGAACAAUGCCUCAGCGAGCCCUCUGCACAUGCUGGCCACCCACGCGUCGGCGUCCGCGUCCCUGCCCACGAAGCGCCAGAAUGGCGACCAGGCCGAGCAGCCGGAGCUGAAGCGGAUCAAGACGGAAGACGGCGAGGGCUUCGUCAUCGCCCUGAGUGUGGAUGCGCCACCCGCAGCCGUGAGGGAAAAGGGCGUCCAGAACUAGCGCGGGGGCCGUCCUCGCCCCGCAGCUCCCAAAGGAGGCGCCGCCCGGCCGACCCGGACCGCCCC